AUGAGCGAUGGAGUUGGUUUCUUCUUUGAUUUCUAUUAAGACUUUCAGUCCUGCGAACUUGAAUUGAACUAAAACCAGAUAUUAGAUCAAAAUUUUGAAUAUUAGUUUUGUUAUGAUCAUUCAAAGGAAAUGAUUGAAUUUUAACUUUAGAACCUCUAGAUUGAAAAUUAAUAACAGGAAGAACAAUUAUCAUUUUCCAAGAAUUUAUAUGAAUUAUAAAGUUGUGAUUCCUCAAGCGAGGAGGAGAAUAGCAAAUAAUAAUAUCAAAAUUUUGAGUAAUUAAAUUAAUCAAGAAGCAGAAGUAGAGAGAUAGAAAAAAAAGAAGGGAAAUUAAAGAAGUGGACAUAAUUAGAAAGUGAUUUAUUGACGAAUUAUUAUAAUCAAUUUAAUGGAAAUUGGGAUAGAAUUGCUGAAUAAAUGAAAGGGAGAACUAUCAUUUAAUGUAAGCAAUAUUGGCAUAGAAAACAUAAAGAUGAGGAUUAGAAAAAAAGUAAAUGGACAUUUGAAGAGGAUUAAAUAAUUAAAGAUAACAUCAAUUAGUAUGAAAAUAAUUGGGCAGCCAUUGCAAAAAUAUUAAAAAGUAAGACAGGAAAAUAAAUAAGAGAGAGGUAUAUCAAUAAAUUGAGAGCAGACAUCGUAGAUUCUAAGAAAUAGCCAUGGACACCAUAGGAAGAUUUAAAACUAAUACAGUUAUUUCAUUAAUUUGGAUCAAAAUGGUCUAGUAUAGCAAGAUAGUUUUAUGGAAGAUCAGAUUUGCAAGUUCGAAAUAGGACAAGGAAAUUGCUAAAAGAUGAUAUACCUUAAUACCCAAAGUCAGUAGAAGAUUAGAAAUUGAAAAUAUAAGUUUAAUUAGAAAAUGAUUUUGAUGCAUUCAACGAUAUAGGUUCCACUUGUGGAAAGCCUCAAAAUAAAAUAAAAUUUAGUUUUGAUUAGUCCAAUUCUUCAACAUUCUCAUUCAAUUAAACUAAAUUAGAUUGA